CCGGAAACCUAAAGCCGGAAAUAAGUUUCACAAUGGAUGAGACCAACCAGACAAACGAUGAAACAAAGAUGAUAACAGAAGAUACACAAGGACUCCCUGAUUCUUCUGCAGGAGACAGUUCUAACUCUACUCCUGCAGAAAGUGCUACUGACAAUGCAUACUUCACAAGCUAUGAGGAUGUAUCCGUACAUGAGACGAUGCUCAAAGACAAACCACGUACCCUAGCUUACAAGAAUUUCAUAGAUGACAAUCCUGAGCUGUUCAAAGAUAAGGUUGUCAUGGAUGUAGGAGCCGGGACUGGAAUAUUAUCCUUCUUUGCAGCAAAGGCCGGAGCUAAAAAGGUUUAUGCUGUAGAAGCAAGUGGAUUAAGUCACAUGUGUGAGAAAUUGGCCAAUCACAAUGGCUUCUCAAAGGUCAUUGAGGUCAUCCAUGGUAGAGUUGAGGACAUAUCUCUCUCAGGAGACAUCAAAGUAGACAUUAUCAUAUCAGAAUGGAUGGGGUUUUAUCUUCUUCAUGAAUCAAUGCUCGAUUCUGUUAUCUUCGCCAGGGAUAAAUGGCUCAAGAAAGAUGGCGUUGUUGCUCCAAGUAACGCAUAUAUCUAUAUCGCACCCGUAGACCUUAGCAAUCAUUUUAAAGACAAGUUCAAAUUCUGGAGUGAUGUAUAUGGCUUUGAUUAUUCACCCCUUGUAAAUGAUUUAAAAUCAUCAAUGUUCACUCAGCCUUAUAUUGAAUAUAUACCACAUGACCCAAAGACUUACAUAUCAGAGCAAUAUGUUAUGGCUGAAUUUGAUCUGAGCACUGUUACAUUACAAGAUGUUGAAGAGGUGCAAGAAAAAUGUACAUUUGAUAUAGAACAGACUGGAAAACUGCAUGGUUUCUCUUGCUGGUUUGAUGUGAAGUUCACAGGAGGCUCAAAAGAUGUCAUCCUAAGCACUGGGCCUGAGUCAGAGCCUACACACUGGAAGCAGACAAUAUUUUUUUUACCUCGCUCAAUAGAUGUCAGUGAAAAUGAACUGAUUGGGUGCCGUGUAGAGAUGAAGCAAUCCAACGGCAAUAAAAGACAUUAUAAUAUAUCAAUUGAGAUGGUUGACCCAGAGGAUGACGAAGAAGACGAAGGUGCUCAUCAGAUACCAUGUGACUGUGGCGCCUCAAGAUGUGCAAUGAUCGCAGCUAUAAUGCAGAAAUAUGAAGAUGACCACCCUGAACUACCAGAUGAUGCAGACAUCAUUGAUAUAACAUAGAUGGCGCUUAAAAGGUGAACUAUGGGUUAAAGCUGACAAUUUACAGCCGAGCUGAUGUUUCUGCCAAACACGUAUGCCAUUCAUAAACCCAAAUAUGAUCUACGUGUAAUCUGUGUCUGAUACGUGCACGAUUAAACUGCUAAAUAUACAACUACAUAUUAUUGAAUAAAACUGAACUGAAAAGAAACUAGAUAUUCAGCCAAACAAU